UACGUACAAACACGGGCCGCAGCAUUCGGUUUCCCUGGCAGCGGGCGGAGGAGGAGCUCUGGCGGAUGGUUGACUUGCUAUGCCACAUAGACACACAACACAGAGCCAUCUGCGUUAACUCCGAUAGCGGUUGAAACAGGCCCUGUGGCCAUGGCUAAAGACCCAUUAGCCGAGGCAGGCUUUUAUUUUGAUGAGCUCAACAAGCUUCGGGUACUGGAGCCUGACGUCAGCCAGAAGACCUCAGAGCUCAAGGAGGAGUGUAAAGAAUUUGUGGACAAAAUUGGCCAGUUUCAGAAGAUAGUGGGAGGUCUGAUUGAGCUGGUGGAUGUGUUGGCAAAAGAAGCGGAGACUGAAAAGAUGAAGGCAAUUGGAGCCAGGAACCUGCUGAAGUCGGUGGCAAAGCAAAGAGAGGCUCAGCAGCAGCAGCUUCAGGCUCUCAUAGCCGAGAAGAAGAUGCAGCUUGAGAGAUAUCGCAUUGAGUAUGAAGCCUUGUCCAAAGUGGAGUCAGAGCAGAACGAGUUCAUCGACCAGUUUAUUCUGCAGAAGUGAGGACGUACCCAAGACAGCGGAAAAUGUACGACGUCUGCGACCAUGUUUCCAGAGUGCCUGUCCUGUUUUCUCUGGGCGAUGACCCCUUCAGAGAAUUACUCUGCUGCAACUCUUUCUUUCUGAAGCAAUCCCAAAAGCUCCAACAUCAUCCUAAAACAUCCACACCUCCUCUUUACACCUUCUUUCUGACCUACAGCCGGCUGACCACCGUAGUGGUCCCCACCCCGGUCAGCUGGUGUGACAGUUUACAGUGUUGUGAGCUUGAAUACAUUUGGAACGUGACGUUGGCUUCACACCAAAUGUCUCAACAUCUCAGACCAACAUUAAAGAAGAUGGAGCUAUUUAUACAAAUGAAUAUUAUUUAUACUAUUUAUACUGAAGAAUUACUCUGUAUAUCUAGUUUUACUACAUUUUGUAUCAAUUGAAAUACUGCACGUGCAUGCACCUGUACAUACAUUGUGGUUUUAGAAAAUAGAAAAAACGUUGACAUCCUGAUUUGAUUUCCAUUCUUCUGAUACAGCCAGUUAGAGGGCAAAGCACACGAGGAAUACAUUAUCUUCUUUUCAAAUACCUUUCCUCUUUCUAUCAGUUAUGUGUAUCAUUGUCUUUGAUGUAUUAAUUUAGAUAACAAAGGGUUAUACUUGAAUAAACACUAUUAUAUUGCACAAUAAAA